AUGAAGGGUGAAGUGGGAGUGCUUUCCGAGGACCUCUUCACCGACCUGUUCCCCGGCUUCAGGGCUUCUGGAAUCAACGGAGACUCUUCAGAGUCAGACGGCAUCCAGCACGUCGCAAUCACGCCGUGGCUUCCGAGCUCUGUCGUCGCUUCCCACAGCGUUCCGUGGACCAUCCUGCCAGUCCGAAUCGCCGAGAAAGACGAGUCCUCUACCGUGCGCCCGCAUUCGUCGCUCCGCAUUCCUGCGUCCUCGCUCGCGCUGCAGUCUUUCUCCCAAGUCCUGCACGCCCUCGCCCCGAACCGAACCCAGCGCCGAGAUGCGCCCAUCGAAGUGCGCAUACACGACGUUGUGCCAAUUGGCCUGGACACGGUCUACGUCAACCUCGACACGGAAGCGCUGCGGAAGCUGGACGAGGUGCACGCCAAGUUUGGCGGCGGCUUCACGGACAGGUCGAAUGGCUCGAUUAGGGGCCCGAAGAACCGCUAUCUCGACGUGAAUGGGGCGAAAGGGAAGGCGGCGAGGGUUGAUCAGUCUGCACAAGAACAGGUCUGGAGAAAUGCGGUGCGAGACGCUCUGCAAUCGCCCACGGUACUGCACACCGGCGACCUGCUUCCUCUACCGCUUCCCGCGCAUCCUAUCACACAUGCUGCGCCGCCACCUGCGAAGAUCACCGCGUGCGAACCCGUGUCGCAAGGUCUCCUGCUCCCUAGCACGAGGAUUGUUGUGCUUCAGUCGCAUCGCAGCACCAAGCAAGCCGUCAUCCUACCACCUUCGAGGCCUACGCCGGCAACCAACGGCUUCGGAGACGACGACGAAGCGGACGAUACAUCGAACGAUACCUUCUACUCAGCCGCCGAAGACCGCUCCGAGUCCCGAACAACUUCCCCACCAGACGCAGAAUCGACGGACAAUCUUGACUCGGAGAUGUCAGGCACAGACGGAGAGGGUUUGUCGGAUGAGGAGGACAUCAUCUCGCUGAGUGCGCCGCUAUUGCCGCCCCAGUCAUCAGGCGUGCUCUCCUCGUUCACCUCAGCUACACCGCGGCCCGGCAACUAUCUCGGUGGCAGGACCAACGGCAUCGCGACGCCAGGAUCGGUGUAUUCCAGCUUCACCGCAACGACCGCACGAGGACCGACAUCGACCAAAAGCAAGGUCUUCAAAACACAGGGCCUACUACAAAGCAUACCAGAUGACUUGGUCCAUCCAAAGCCUGGCGGCGAGGACGACGAUGAAGCUCGCGUCUUUGUUGACACCAACACGCUCGUCAAGAUUGGCUGCUUCUCCGGCGAUUGGGUCAAGAUCGAAGCUACCGAAGAGCCAUCCUCACAUCCUCUGUUUGGCCUUGGAUUCUUUGGCGGGGCAGUAGACGACGAAGACAACUCCAACUGGCGCCCCGUCCGCGUCUAUGGCUUGCCAGAGAGCAUGUCGAAGAAGAUUGCGCGCUACCAACCUCGACUCACAAGUUCCUCCACGCCACCCUCCGCCAAAGAGGUCACCCUUCUCAAGGUUUCCACACCACUGUCAUCUGACCGCCUGCUACAGCCUAGCUUGUUCGCUGCACUAAAGGAACACUUUGAGCAGAGGCGACGAGUUGUGAAGAGCGGAGAUCUCAUCGGAGUCUCAAUAGACGAGUCUCUUGGCCGAGCGGUCUUCCAAACUGCAGCAGAAGAAGAGGCUGGCAGCGAGGAGCUGCUUGCUGUGUCUAGAAAGACUGCGAGUGAGAAUGGCGCAAGUACCAGUGGCCAAAGCAAAAAGAUGGUUGCAUGGUUCAAGAUCGGUAAUGUGUCUACCUCGUCUCAAUCUCCGCGCGAUAGCGAAGAAGCCGAUCUGUGGGGCGGUGCUGCGACGGUUGAUGCUGCCAGCACUAAGAUGGAGAUGAACGGAAGCGAGCAGGGAAAGACGCCUGCUCCGAUCAACAAUGCAUGGCAAUACUACCUCGGUGCCAAGCGACCUCCGGUUGCCAGCUCUCAGAAGACAAUGGCACUAGACGAGCUGCCGAAGCCAUACGUCUCAUCGCUUCGCAGACGACUGCGAGAGCUGAUGUCCGUUGCCACUAGCCCAAGAGCCAUACAUCUAGGACUGCCACCAAUAGCCGUCUUGAUCACAUCGACUCAGCGUGGAAUUGGAAAAGCUACUGUAGCGACCAAGGCAUGCGAAGAUCUAGGCCUUCACACCUUCUCCAUCGAUGCUUUCGACAUCGUCACGGAAGGCGGUGCAGGAGGUGGAGAUGUCAAGACCGAAGGCUUCUUGAAAGCAAGAGCCGAGCGAGCCUUCACGUGCGGCGCUGAGUACACUGCUCUGCUCGUCAAGCACAUCGAUGCGCUCAACGCUGAUCGGAUGAACACUGCAUUGAAGGAGAUUCUGGCUGACUCUCGUGUCUUGGUCGCCACGACGACAGAGAUCGAUAAGGUGCCCGAGGGUAUCCGUGGACUGUUCACACAUGAGAUUGAGAUGUCGGCUCCGGACGAAGGCGAAAGAGAGGGUAUACUGCGAAGCAUCAUUGAAGAUGCUGGUAUCAGACUGUCGCCAGAUGUCGAACUGGGCAACGUGGCUGUAAAGACUGCGGCGCUCGUAGCAGGCGAUCUCGUUGACGUCGUGGACCGAGCACUUGUCGCGAAACGUACUCGGGUAGAAGAACUCGCAGCAACCGCAACGAAAGCAGCUUCUUCAUCACAGAGCGUCACAACACGAGACAUUGAACUCGCCGGCGGCCACUUCAGCAACAGUCUCACCAAAGCGGAUCUCGACAGUGCCGUCGACGCUGCGCGCAAGAACUUUGCAGAUGCCAUUGGAGCACCCAAAAUUCCGAAUGUCGGCUGGAAGGAUGUCGGUGGUCUGACGCACGUCAAGGACGCAGUCAUGGAAACCAUUCAACUCCCCCUCUCUCGCCCCGAACUCUUCGCUAAGGGCAUGAAGAAGCGCAGCGGCAUCCUCUUCUACGGCCCACCUGGUACCGGAAAAACCCUCCUCGCAAAAGCCAUCGCCACAGAAUUCUCCCUCAACUUCUUCAGCGUCAAGGGCCCAGAGCUGCUCAACAUGUACAUUGGUGAAUCCGAAGCCAACGUGCGCCGCGUCUUCCAACGCGCUCGCGACGCCAGACCUUGCGUGGUGUUCUUCGAUGAGUUGGACUCUGUUGCGCCCAAGCGUGGUAAUCAAGGUGACAGCGGCGGCGUCAUGGACCGCAUCGUCAGCCAACUGCUCGCCGAGCUCGACGGCAUGAGCGACGGCGGCGAAGGCGUCUUCGUCAUCGGCGCAACUAACCGCCCCGAUCUACUCGACCAAGCCCUCUUGCGUCCCGGCCGCUUCGACAAGAUGCUGUACCUGGGUGUGUCAGACACGCAUGAGAAACAGCAGACUAUUUUGGAGGCGCUGACGAGGAAAUUCACACUCCACCCCUCGCUCUCCCUCGCACGCGUCUCCCAGGGCCUGCCGUUCACAUACACCGGUGCAGACAUGUACGCACUGUGCUCCGACGCCAUGCUCAAGGCUGUCACGCGCCAGGCUCGUGCCGUCGAUAAGAAGGUUGCGGAAUAUAAUAACGCACAUGAACCCAAGAUCACAAUUGCGUACUUCUUCGACCAUAUCGCGACACAGGAGGAUACGGCCGUUAUGGUCACAGAGCAGGAUUUCGUCGAGGCGCAUGGCGAACUCGUGCCCAGUGUGAGCGCGGAUGAGUUGCGUCAUUAUCAGAGAGUGAGGGCGCAAUUUGAGGGCGCAGGGAAGAAGGAGGAGGGGGCGAGUAAUGGGGAUGCGAAGGGAAAGGGCAAGGCAAAGGCGAUUGAGGAGGGUGUUGAGGCACUGGAGAUUAAUGGCUCGGCUGGGAUGGAUAAGGGAAAGGGGAAAGCGCCAGUGCAGCAGGGUCAGGGACAUGCGAGUAAGAACAGUGUAGAUAUUGCCGAGGGCGGGUUUGGGGAUGCGGCGGACGAUGAGGAUUUGUAUUAA